AUGACGCGCCCCAGACGUGAAUUCCCCUACGCUCCCGGGACGCCCCAGAGUGAGCUCCUCGUCGCGGCGGCCGUGGGCGACCUCGCUCUCCUCGAGCGGAUGGCGAGGAAGCUCGAUGGUGGUCGCGGCCGCCUCGCGGAGACGGUGGAAGCCGUUAAAGAUCACGGCGCUGGGGCGCUGCACCUCGCCGCCGGAAACAAGCAGGCGGAAGUGUGCGAGUACCUGGUCGAGGAUGUCCGGGUGGAUGUGGAUGCCCUUGACAUAUGCGGUAGAACACCUCUGGUUUGGGCAAUUACUUGUAAAGAUGGACACGUGGAUAUUGUCAGCUACCUUCUUGAUCACGGUGCCAAUCCAGAUAAUGUCGACAAAACAGGGUUUACUCCUCUCCAUGAGGCUGCCAAAAAAGGGCACUGUGAAGUAGUAGAACUCUUGCUCUCUAGAGGCGCUUAUGUCGAUCCAUUUUCGACUGAUAAUGGAACACCGUUGCACGUUGCUGCUAAGCAUAAGCAGGACAGCGUCAUGAAGAUUUUGCUAGAUCACCAUGCAGAUGUAAGUUCCACUAUACGUUUCCUUACAGUCUUCUCACAGCUGUAUUUGAUAAUCUUGGGCCAUCUGCUUUCUCUAUUUCUCACAGUUCUGUUUUGCUAUUUUAUCUCUGGAAUCUGAAGAAGUACAUAGAGUUGCGCGCAUUUGAAAACCAGAUUUACAUUCUCCUUUUACUCAUUAAUUGGUUGUACAAUCAUGUCCCGUCAGAAUUUUAAGUGAUGCUGAAAAACUAGUUUCACUGUACAUGCCUGUCCUGUAGUAAGCAGAGAGUUGUGGGCUUUUUCUCUGAAUUACAUGCUUCUUGUGUACGCAUAGUUUCACUUCUAAAGUUGAAAAGGAUCAUCAUAUAGCAAAUUUCAAUAGACAUACCUCCACUCAUUUCCAGUGAAAUUUCAUGUCUCCACCUUUAUUAUCUGUUAGUAUGACAAAAUUUUCAAGAUCGAAGUUUGCACGUGCUAAACCACUGAUAUUCUGAUGCCGUUUCUCUCUGCAGAUUGCUUGCCCUGACAAGAAGUAGUUUAAUUGAUUAGUAGUUUCCUAGGGCCUGUUCGAUAUUAUUUCCCUUUUUGCAAAUUAAUAAAAUUUGUAACGCGAGAAUCACUUCAUAUACACCUGUAAUAAAGAUUAGACCUUAUGCAUUUUUGUUAGGAAUAUGAUAUAUCACAUCUGUCAACUAAAAAGUAUCCCAUGCAAAUAGCCACACUUACUGCCGUAACUAUAUUAGGAAAUGGUGGUACAAGUCCCACAAACUGAGAACGAUGUUUUAAAAGAAUGAUCAAUACUUGGUGUCCUAUUAUAUUGGAGAUAAGAUCUACUUCGGGAAGCUUCCUUGCUCGUGGGUGCUGCUACAGUCAUGCUAAAAGGAUGAAAUGUUGGAAAUGAUUAUAGUCGGUACAAGGAUCAUGGAACUG